GACACAUUUUUCAAGCCUUUGCAUGCUCGUGAUCUGUAGUAAACGGUGCUAGGAAAAUAUUCUACCAUUGCUAUUGAUCCUGGCAGCAUUACUGUAUUAUUUUGGUUGUGUUAACAGACAUUUUACCUUUCAAGGCUUACAGACUUGAAAACACCCUAGAAGAAAUGUUCUUAUGCUGAGAAAUAUACAAUACUAUAUUGAAAGGCAGUUGAUUUAUAAACCUUCAGCCUGGAAGUUUAUGUAUAGAAGAUACUGUGCUUCUGCGAGUGAAGACGAUACCAUGGACCUUCAGAAUGUGCUGAAAAAGUUACGCAAGCUUGCAUCACCAUCCCUGGCUGGAUCCUGGGAUAAUGUAGGACUUCUUGUAGAACCAUCGUCACCCCACAAGGUCAACACAAUCUUCCUUACUAAUGAUCUUACCCCACCCGUUCUUGAAGAAGCGAUUGCGAAGAAAUCCGACAUGAUCAUAUCUUACCAUCCGCCAAUUUUCUCCGGUAUGAAGAGACUGACACAGAAACAAUGGAAAGAUAAGAUCAUUAUAAAGUGUAUCGAGAACAGGAUUGCUGUCUACUCACCACAUACAAGUUAUGACUGUGUUGAGGGCGGAGUCAAUGACUGGCUGAUCAGCUGUUUUGACUGCAAAGAGGUGGAGCCAGUGGAACAGCAUGAAGAUUACAUCACUUGUCAUACACAUCAAGUUGGAUUUAACAUACCCACUGAAUUUUCCACAUCACUGAGGGAGGCAUUUAAAGCUGAACAACAGGUCAAGGUCACAGAGUAUAGGGAAAGGCCAGACGGUAAACAUCAUAUUUCUGUCCACUGUACAAAAUCUACCUUACAGAGAGUAAUGUGUUUAUUACAAGAUAAAAUGGAUUCUGUGAAAAAUAUACAGAUCUCCGAGUUAGCAAAGGCUCCAGUGUUAGGUUAUGGUAUGGGUCGUAAAGCCAAGCUAAGCGACAACAUUACACUAGAGGAGGCCGUGAAGUUAGUAAAACAGCAUCUGAAGUUGGAUCAUGUUCGAUUAGCUAAAGCUCCAGGUGUGGAGAAGGUAUCUAGUGUGGCUGUCUGCGCUGGCUCAGGAGGAAGUGUUCUGCGUAAUGUCACCGCUGAUCUGUAUGUCACAGGUGAAAUGUCACACCAUGAGGUUCUCCACGCUGUAUAUAAUGGCUCAUCUGUGAUACUAUGUGACCAUAGCAAUACUGAACGAGGAUAUCUAACUGUGAUAAAAACCAAACUACAAGAAUCCCUGGAUAGUAAAACCACUGUAGUAAUUACUGAAGUUGAUUGUGAUCCCUUGAAAAUUGUUUGAAAUACAUUUUCACAUGUGAGAAGGUUUUAGCAAGGUAAAAAAAACCUGAAAACAGCAGCCAGUAGUCUUAAUACUCGAAGAAGGGGACUUCUUUUUUUCAAAACAUAGCAUUGAUACUGAACUGGCGUAUUUAUGAAUUUGUCAAACUUUAGUCAAAGAAUUUAUUAUGUGAUAGAUCUGUACCUAUUACAGUUGCAAGCUGGAAUAUUUUACCAUGACAGAAUGUGAUAAAAUACUUUACAUAAUAUUUUGCAUUAUUAAAUAUGUUCAAUAUUUAUAGUCCUAAUAAAAUGCAUACGGAGUAUGAAUAGAGUAGAAAAAAAGUGUUUGUGCUUUCUUUCCACUAUAGCAACAGUUUCUGUUUCUGCUGGAGAGAAACAAAAACUAAACUCAAACGUUUUCAAAUUUAACUGUUAGUGUUGAGUUUAUGUUAUUAUUAAAAUGUUUGAAUUAUUGUAAGAAUAUAGUAUAAAAUAGGUUUAAUACUAUUAUUGAAAUCAACAAAUGUUGGAUAUUACCAAUACAAAGGCCUUUUAGACAAGCAAAAUGCCCUACUUUUGCUACAUGGCUUAUUUAUUACGGUAGUAUAUAUUAAUUUCAAUAUUGUAUUUGCCUCAUAUCACCAUCAUAUGUACCAGGAAAUGAGAUCAAUAAAACAAUUGAUUAAUCAUUGUAAUAUUUUACAGUUGCAUCAUCUGAGAAUUAUAACUUGAUGCUGAAAUUUCAAUUUUGUUGUCGGCUUCUCUUUCUUACAUGUUUCUUUCACUACUCAUUGCAAUCCAACAUAUUAAUUAUCACACAAAUAAUUUAAGCUUUUCUUACUGGAUCAGUGAUACUUCAUUUUACAGAAAUAUGCUGAAUGAAUUCUCAUGUGUAAUGAUAAUAAAAAACGAAACUGCCAACAUUGUAGAUUCAGCAUUUUGAAUGGGGAGCAUUGCUAAUUUAUUCUCAUUCCUAGGAUAAUUAGACUACUUUAAUAUAACCCUUGUUUGACAUAUUAUUGCAAUUGAUUCUUUAAUACCAUGUUAGUUGUCAAGAAGUAUUUUAACCUUGGCAAGAUCACAGGAUAGUUGAUGCACAUUGUUAAAGUCAUAUCCACAUAGACCCUGACAUAUCUACUGUAAGCUUUGACAGGUCAGCCAUCUGCUUGUUUUACAUACCUCUAGCUUUUAUUUUGUCAACUUGUGACAUAAGCAAAUUUCUCAAAAACUACCUGACUAAAUGCUUUCAAACUUCACAGAUUACUUUAGUAUCAUGAGUUGACCUCACAGUACAUAAUACUUAACUUAGCUUUAAUUUUGUCAGAAUUAUGCUCCUUCUUAAAAUAGAAAUUUUGCAGAAGCAUAUUUCUCAGGAAUAACUAGACCAAAAUGUUUAGUUAUCACUGACUUUAUACUAGUUUCCAAAUCAUCAGCAAACUUGUGUUAAGAUUUCAGCUGCUGUUCAGUUUCAUCAAGGUGUUUAGAUAUCUGGUCAAUAUCUUCUUUCUGUGCCUGCAACUCCUUACUAUGUUCAAUACCUUUAAAUAUUUUUGGCUAUUGCACAGGUCUGACAUUGACCAGUCUUGCAAUCCAGAAAUACAUAAUUUUCGCAUUUACAAACCAAAAAUGUUGUCAGUUGAUUCUUGUGAUUAGAAAUUUUUCAUGGCAAAAGUCUUGUGGCAUAUUAUUUUGUUAAGUUGCUUAUGUCAAGGCAUUUAUUUUAAUACUCGAAAGGAUUACAAAUAAACCAUGCUUUAUACCUUUUAAUUACUACACGGUAGUAUUUCAUAUUACAAUGUUAAUAUCUUUAUAUAUCA